AUGACAAGAACGAAUUUAUUCACAUUUGGUGUCCCCAAGAUUAUAUUCUAUAUUGGGUUAUUAUGUGGAUGUAUAUUAAAUGAAACAGUAACAGAUAAAACAAUUUACAAUUAUGAAAUACCAAUCAAACCAAGAGUAUCUCAUCGACAGAAGCAGUUGCUAAAGUCAAUCCAUUUGCCAGAGAUUAGUUUUGAAGUUUAUGGAGAAUUUCCAACAAUUAAGCACUUUGAUUUAUUUGAAGAUGAGAUAACUUCCAAAUAUAAAAAGAUGUCACGAUUUCUAAAUUUACGAGAAAAGCGUGACUUACAAAACUCAGAGGAAACUUUUUUAAGUGAUAAACAUUCAGUUUUGAUUAAAAGUAGAAUUCAUUCUCCAUUGAAGAAUUGGGAUGAUAAAUUAACUGAUCCACAAUCUAAAAUAUACAAACUGUUAUCAACUAGUUAUUGUGAAUUUUUACUACAAAGUUUUCGGCAUGCGAAUACAAGUCAAUUUAAACAACCAAAAUGUACAUUUAUAGAAUUCACAAAAGGUUCUAUUAUACUCAACGCAAUACUAACAUUUAACGAAGCGAAUUAUUCACUAUUAUCUUCACAAGAUCUAUCAAAUUUAUUGAUAAAAGGCAGUGAAGAAUUAAUCAAUUCCAUAAUUAAUGAUAAAAAUUUUUCUCUAGGAUUUAAUUUUAAUGGAGAUUUUUCAUUCAGAUUGAAUUUUAGCAGUGAUUUUAUGGAUACAGAACAAUCAUUGGCAUCCACAUUAUCUUAUGGUGAAACCAUAGAUACAACAACAUAUAGUGUAGCUUUGAAUUUUACAAUUCAAGGAACUAAUAGUUCACUAACAUGGGAUGAUGAUCUACUGAACACCACUUCAACCACUUAUCAAGAACUAUCUCGAAAUGUUUGUGAACUACUUUUAGCAGCUAUGAGAUCAAUUUUAUCAUCUCUAUGGAUUGUUGAAUGUGGUACCAUAAAAUUCAGAAAAGGGUCCAUUGACGUUGAUGCUGAGCUUAUUUUAAUAGCGAAUUCAUCAUCAUUUGUUACAACACUUGAACCUACAUCAACUGUGUUAAAUGAUACUAAUAUAAUCGAAGGAAUAAAUGAGUAUGUUUCAACUGUGGAUCAAAAUAAUACAUUUGGAAUUUACAUUGAUCCAAAUUCAAGUAUCUCAUUAUCAUUGAUAACGAUAAGUAUGGAAUCAACAAUACCGUAUGACGAUCAGGUUAUAUCUGAUGUCAUAUCAUCUGAAACAUCUUCGUCUUCAGAUUUCCCAGUUAGUGUGUAUUCAACAAGUACAGGCGAUGUUUCUCCAUAUGAUUCAGAAGGCAACCUCACGAAAACAGUAGUAAUCGCAGUCUCAUCAAUGCUGACUAGAUCGAACAAGUCUUUGGAGUGGAAUGACAGUUUAUUGGAUCCUAGUUCCGAUUUAUAUCGAAAUUAUUCAGCUGAAAUUUGUAAUUUGCUUUUGGACAGCAUAUAUUCAACUAAUAUUGAGGGAAUAAUCAAUGUUAAUUGCACAGUUGUUGGCUUCUCGCGUGGAUCAGUUGUUGGAAAUGCAGUAUUAGUCAUCGACCAUAGUAGCACAAGUGGGAAUUUCUCAUCGACUGAAGUGACAAAAGACACUGUUCAAAAUGCUGUUGUGGCAUACAUAGCAGAAAUGGUUGCCAAUGGGUCGGAGCAAGUGUACUUCGAUACAUCAAGUGGCUUGACAGUAGAAACUGUAAUCGAUGUGGCAACCACUGAGGUGAUCACUGAAUCCCAGAAUACCGAAGAUAACAAGACUACGGGUAAGUAA